UUUGUUUUUGUUUUGUUUAUUUGCAGUUGUAGAGAGCAGCAAGUUCAUAAAAGUUACAUUAUUUGUGUCUGACAUUGUUGCUUUUUCCCACAGCACAAACAUGAGCAAGCUAAUUCUAACAGCAGGUCUCUGUUUGAUUAUGACCAGUUUGGCCUCUUCCUUCAAACUGGUGUGUUACUACACCGAAUGGUCCCGAUAUAGAACAGGGAACGGCAUGUUCACGGUUUCAGAUGUUGAUUCAAACCUGUGUACCCAUCUGAUCUACGCCUUUUCUGUCAUUAAUGAUGCCAAUGAGCUGGUACCCAGCGAAGACACACAAAUUUACAAACCCUUUAAUGGACUAAAAGAUAGGUCAGUGCUUUACACUUUAAAUAUUCUACCAAUUAUCUUUCCUUUUGAAGUAUUAAAUAAUCAUUGUUCAACAUAUAUUCUCACUAGAAAUGCGGAUCUCAAAACCCUUCUGGCAGUCGGUGGUUGGACUUUUGGCAGCCAAAAAUUCACCACAAUGGUAUCAACAGCAUCCAACAGGAACACAUUUAUUCAGUCAUCUAUCAAACUACUGAGAAACGAGGGUUUUGAUGGGUUGCACCUGGACUGGGAAUUCCCUGCACAACGAGGGAGUCCUCCACAGGACAAACAGAGAUUCACACUGUUGUGCAAGGAACUCCAAGAUGCUUUUGAGUCUGAGGGAACAGCAACUGGACGUCCCAGAUUAUUGGUCACUGCUGCUGUGGCUGCUGGCAAAGGAUCCAUCGAUGAAAGUUAUGAAGUCGCACAGAUUGCCAAGUACCUGGAUUUCAUCAAUGUGAUGACAUAUGACCUUCAUGGCACCUGGGACGGGGUCACAGGACAUCACAGUCCCUUAUACCAAAGCUCCCAAGACACUGGAAGUCAAACAUACUUGAAUGCUGACUAUGCAAUGCGAUAUUGGCGAGACCAGGGGGUUCCUGCUGAAAAACUCAUUUUGGGAUUUGCUGCAUAUGGACGAACAUUUACCCUGUCAACUACAUCCAGUAAGGUUGGAGCACCAAUCAGUGGCGCUGGCUAUGCAGGCAGUUACACCCAGGAAGCAGGAUCAUGGUCCUAUUAUGAGGUUUGUCUUAAUCUUCAAGGAAAAACAGUAUAUUGGAUUGAAAAACAGAAAGUUCCAUAUGGCACCACAGGAAACCAGUGGGUUGGAUUUGACAACAAGGACAGCAUUAAUGCAAAGGUCGACUACAUAAAGGAAAACAACUUUGGAGGAGUCCAUGUCUGGUCUCUGGACCUGGAUGAUUUUAAUGGGAAGUUCUGUGAUCAGGGCAAAUACCCCCUCAUCAGCCAUCUGCAUGGUCUUCUGGUUUCAGGCAAGCCCAAAGUUUAUGAAGUGUUUAUCCUCUUCGGUAAAAUGGUAGUUACAGUUUAAUGAGAUUUUAUUCACUAAAUUCAGCUUUAUAUUAUAAAGCUCUGUAAGAACUGGAUCAUCAAAUAGUGAGCAAAAGUGUGUUUUUUAGUGUAAAAUAUCAGUAUUUAAGCUCUGUAAUACAAUGCAAUAAUCAGGAACAGUACAUUAAAAUGAGCGCUUCAUUUCCUCCACAAACGUCUCUAAAUCUAGGAGUUCCAGUCAAG